AUGUUGCCACAGACCAAGGCAUCGCUCGAGCACAUUUUGGAGCAUCGAAAGGCGUACCUGGAGGAUCGUCAAAACAAACAGCUUCCAAGCCGACCUUUGGUAGUGGGUGUUUCGGGUUGUCAAGGAAGCGGCAAGACCACCCUUUGCGACACGUUGAGCCAUUUACUCGGCAGUGAACCUCACAAUCUUAAUGUUGUCAGCUUUUCGUUGGAUGAUUUCUACCUUACACGCGCCGAGCAAGCCAAGUUGAGUGAAGCGAAUCCAGGCAACCCCUUGUUCCAGUAUCGAGGACAGCCUGGAUCACACGACGUCGAUCUUCUCAAGAGAACCCUCACCCAUUUGAUACAGCAAAGCGAGCAUCAAGUACGUAUUCCAUCCUAUGACAAAUCCUUGUUUGGUGGAUUGGGUGAUCGACGCCCCUUAUCGGAUUGGAAACCAACAAAGGCACCCUACGACGUGAUACUUUUCGAAGGAUGGUCACAAGGAUUCAAACCAUUACUGCCCACUGAACUUGAACGUGUCCAUCGUCAUGCAACUCCCAAUAGCUGCAUUGCCAAACUUCCACUUGCCUAUCUAUCCCAAAUGAAUACCAACUUGGAACAAUACGAAUCGCAACUCUAUUCCAUGUUCGAUAUCUUUAUUCAUUUGUCCCCUGCGAAAUUGGAACAAGUCUACAACUGGCGAUUGCAACAAGAACAUCACAUGAAAGCGACACGCGGUGUGCAAGGCAUGUCCGAUGAGGAUGUACGUGCAUUUGUGGAUACGUAUAUGCCAGCCUAUGAAUUGUAUCUACCACGACUCGAUAAAGUUGGCUUCUUUGGACAAGGAUUACAUGGCGAACCUCUAAAGCCGUAUGAAGGACCUCAACGAAAAGAUGGAGGAUAUAGUGCAUCAGGUCGUCAUUUGCGUAUUGUAUUGGAUCAAGAGCGUCGUGUGAUUGACUCGGUUCAUAUCAAGGAGCAUUUACAAUCCAAAUCCCUAUCAUCCACUACCAACAAUGUGUCUCCGGCAUAUCGAUUCUCCCGUCUCUUGGUUACUUGCACUGUUUUUGGCGCUCUAGGAUUCCUUGGUUACACAAGACGACAACGAGUGACCGACAUGUUUAUGCGUCUUAUUCGAGGACGAUCAUAA